AAAAGGCAAAACAUCGAAUGACGACCAUGAAUAUAUUUCGCAAGAAGAAGAUCACCAACCCAGUCGCAACCAAAGAGGAUGAUGGAAAGAUUACAGCCUUGACUCAAGAAAUUGAGAAGCUUCAAGAAAAGAUCGCUGACUUGAAAACGAAAAUGGCUGAAAUUUCCAAAGAACUGGAACAAAGUCAUCAAGAUUGUCAGAAGGCAGAGGAAAAGUUCGCCAGGGCAUCUGAACAGCGCCAGGAAUUAGAAAAUCGUUUGGAGAUCAUAAACGAAGAAAAGGGCAAACUUUCUUCUCAACUCGAAAACAUCCAGGAGGAAAAUAAGGAACUAACUGAUCAGUUGUUCACUCUGAAUGAAGAGAAAAUUGAGCUCCAAUCUAAUUCUGAUUGUCUGGAAGAAGAGAAAAACGAUCUAUCUACCCAGCUCAGUGAGGCUCGCAAACAAUAUCAGGAUUUGGAAGAAGGAUUUGCGGCUGUAUACGCAGAGAAGAAACAACUUCAGGUUCUUAAUGUUAGUUUGGAGAAGGAAAGAAACAACCUGCUAGCUAAGAUCAAUGAAAACCAUCAUCAGGGUCGAGAGCAUAGUUUGUCAGAUGAGGGUCAAGAUCUAGAAUGGGACCAAGAGAUAGAUCUAGACCAGGAUCCAAUUCAGGACUUCGCGGAGGAUGACAACCAAGAACUAGAAUGGGACCAAGAGAUUCCAGUCCAGAAACCAAAGCCUUGUUUCACUGAGGAGAACCAGGAUCUAGAAUGGGAACAAGAAAUACAAUCUGUCCAGAGCAAAUCGUACCAACCUCCCUCUAGUAGUUUUGAAGUAGAAAAACACGGACCGAAAUUCGAACUCAGGAAGAGCCCUCAACAUUGUCAGGUGCUUGACAAAACAUUCCAGAGAAAGAAAACCAUCAAGAAACAGUCUAGCAAUCAGACAGAGAAUGGAGACGGUCUCUCAGCUAAACUUCAGGAGGCUAACAACAAAUAUCAGGAGCUGGAGCAAGAAUGCGAACUGUUGCUAGGUGAGAAGCUCGAGUUUCAAGCUCUAGCAGACAGCUUAGCUGAAGAUAAUUACAAGCUAUCAUCUCAGAUUGGACAAGAAUACGAGGAAAGACGUAAUCUAGAAGACAAACUGAAUUGUUUAGAGGAAGAAGCUGACCACCAAGAACUUUCUACAAAUUUGAAAGAAGAAAAUUCCAUCCUUUCCACCUCACUCGAGUCUGUGCAAAAUCAAUGCAAGGAAUUAGAACAAAGAAUGGCUGCAGCAGCCAAAGAUAAGGACGAAUUCGAGAGAGAAACUCUGAAAUGGAAGGAGGAAAAGUUCGAUCUGCUGGAGCAAAUUCGGAAUCAGAAACAAAAUCAGAAAUCCGAUUCAAGACGCAAGGUCGCCAUCAAAGCAUCGGCAAUAAUCGACCAAGAGAUUACCAAAGUACUGGACAGGGAGAUUGCACAGAUACAGAUCCGACAAGAUCGAGAAAAGCUAGAGAAAGCUGAAAGAGAUCGCAUGGCUUCCAUUGAGAAAGUCAAAGAAUCAGAAGCACUCAGAAUGGAGAUUGAAGAGAAGAACAAGAAACUUGAGAAUGAAAUCAAGCUGGUUAAGAACGAGAUAGAGAUUGCCUACUCCAAGGUUGACGGCUACAAAUCUGAUAUCACUGAUCUCAACAAUCAGAACAGGAGUCUUCAUGACCAAAUAGACCUACAGAAGAAAAGCUAUCAGGAGCUAGAGGAGAAAGCAUCUGCCAUGAUGGAAAUGGUUGAUCUUUUGGAGACGAAAGUAUUACAAGCAGAGAGUAGGCAGAAAGAAGCUGAGGAAGAAAUUCAGACUAUGAAAGCUUCAGUCGCUUCAGCUGCCAUCCAGCAUGGACUUCUUGAAUCGGUAGAGGAUUCCAUCUGUCUUACCGACCUGUUUGUAGCUCUUGAUGGCAUGAAACAACUCAAUGCACAUAUGAAACGAGAGAUUGCCGAUUUGAAGAAGACCAAACAAACCUAUAUUGAAAUGAUCAGUCUUACUGGUAAAACAGAUCCUCUUCUUGAUUGUGGAGAUUCAGCCCUUGAAAUCAGUCCAGGAGAGCGCGAGAGAUAUCAACUAAAGGAGAUGAUUGAUGAUCUAGGAUUUCAGAUUUGUAAACAAGAAAGUAUGAUCAAGAAACUCAGAUAUCAACUCUCAGUCUUUCACAAGAAUGUACUCCAUGAAAAGGACUCGAUGUAUGACAACAUGACCUACAUUGACCGGGCUGUGGUUGAGUCCAUCCAGACAGAUAUUGAGAUACCAACAAUCAAAGCUGAUGACCUUUCAUUCCUAGUUGGAGCUGAUAUUGAUGAGGAUGAUGAUCUGAUUGGAAAGGGUUCCUUUGGAGAAGUAUUCUUAAGAGAGUACCAAGGUGAAGCUGUAGCUGUCAAAGUACCUUACAUCAGUGAGGGUGUCAGGGAUGAGGAUGAUCAGAAGAGAAUGAUUCGAAUCAAAGCUGAUCACGCUCGUACUACCAUGGAAGCCCUCGUCAACAUCGCUUUCGCUGAUCAUCCAUCAUUCCCAAAGACAGUUGGUGUUGUUGAUAUCAAAGGUGCUCCAUCUCUCAUCCUUGAGUUCCUUGGUGAUAAGAUGACCGGUACAAGCUUCCCUCUCAGUCAGGCCAUCAAGUUCCAGAUUCCGUCCAUCUCGAAAGAAAAUUGGUUUGCCAUCAUCAUGGACAUCAUCAGUGGAAUGAAAGCCAUGCACGAGAAAGGUCUCUUACACAACGAUCUGAAAGCUAACAACAUUCUCUUGCAAUGGGACAUUAAGGAUCAAAGAUGGCAUGCUUUCAUCAUUGACAUGGGGAAAGUCUCCACUCAAACCAUACCACAAAAGCACAAGCAGUUACCUAAAGAAGAGUUGGAGGGGUACAAACAGGGCAUCCUCUUCCCUCAUCUGGCUCCAGAGUACAUCCUGGAUCUGCAACCCAUGAGUGUUCAAACUGAUAUCUAUUCCUUGGGUGUGUUGCUGGAUCGGAUUGAUAAGGUUCUAAGAAGUCAACCUCUUCGUGACCUCGCAGCCCAGAUGACCAAUGUCAACCCUCGUUUACGACCAUCUUGGAAAAUCAUCGAGAAGGUCAUCACUAGGGCUCAGAAGAGAAACUUCUCAUAAUUACAACUUAUAUUUUUAUUGUUGUAUAUAUAUGAUUAUAUGUGUA